GUUUAUAUGUUGAUAUACACCAAAACGAGACAUCAUGGCGACAAGCUAUCAUAUUCGAAGGAUGUUUCUUCUUGUGUUUUUACUACCCAUACUCAGCGCUGGAACCAAUAUGCCAGAUAAAGAAAAUGUGAAGAGCUGGGUGGAAAGUCUGAGCAGGAACAUUGAAAACUUUGACAAGGAACUUCAGGUUUCAACAAUUAGAAAAAAGUUUGACAACCAGACAACAGCAGUAGAGGAGAUAGAUGGCAAGACCCUGAUACAGAAGAUGGCCGACCAGGUGGCUCAGAUGCUGGGGAAUAAGACAGAGGCCCUCAAGAAAGCAGUAGAGGUAGCAGAGUCAGCGGCAGCCAAGCAUAACUACAGUGAGACUCUCCAAGAAUCCAAUUUGGUGAAUUAUUACAAAUCCAAGGACCCUACUUACAACAACUUUUCCAGUAUUCUGGCCAGCAAUGAGAAGUUCAAACAGCCCGUUAACACCUCCGUCUCCUCAGUUCAUAUUCCUGUGGAAAUUUACGAGAAAGAUCCUGAUAUCCUCAAUGCUUUGAAGUGGUCCCACGCCCUGGACAAGGUGUUCAGGGAGAACUAUGACAAUGACAAGGAGAUCUUAUGGCAGUAUUUUGGCAGCCAGACGGGAUUCAUGAGGUCCUUCCCUGCGAGUUUGUGGAAGAUGACAGAUGAUGUAGAUUUGUAUGAUGUCAGACGCAGACCAUGGUACACACAAGGAUCCAGUUCUCCAAAAGACAUGUUGAUCCUCAUUGAUACGAGUGGCAGUGUGGUGGGGCAGUCUCUACAGCUGAUGAUCGUCGCUGUCAAGUCAAUCCUGGACACAUUAGGAGAAAACGACUUUGUACAAAUUGUCAAGUUUGCAGACAAAGCGGAGACAGUGGGUUGUAUGAAGGGAUUUGUUCAGGCUAACUACAGAAACAAGAAGUAUUUGUCUCGUGUGGUGGGAAAUCUGUCAGCAGAAAACAUGGCUAACAUUUCCAAAGGCUUAGAGUAUGCAUUCGACCAGUUUGAUAAGUUUGAGAAUUCUUCAGAGGCAGCCCACUGUAACAAAAUGAUCAUGCUUCUGACAGACGGAGGCACAGACAAUGGGGACGAAGUGUUUAACCGACGCAACUUUAACCGACCUCUACAGGACAGGGUGCGAGUGUUUACCUAUGCUGUCGGUCAGAAUCCCAACCCUACAAAGGACAUCGCAUGGAUGGCUUGUGCCAACAGAGGUCGAUUCUCUGAGAUUCCAGCCAUGGGGGCCAUUAGAGCCAGAGUUCAGGAAUACGUGGAAGUGGUCGCACGACCUCUUGCCUUGAAACACACCGACUUUGUCAAAUGGACCAGUAGCUACAAAGGAGCCCAUGGUCCUUCUUUGGACUACUUGUCCCAUUUAGUCACUGAUCGCAGGGAAAUAACGAGUGGAGAUGAUUUUCUCCAGCGACGGAUCAAGCGUGACCCCAGGGGUCUGGGUAUGGUGGUGACAGUCACUCUGCCAGUGUACAACAAGGCACCUUCAGGGUCAAACCAGACAAUUCUUGGAGUGAUGGGUAUUGAUGUUACAACAGAACAGAUGCAGCGCUACAGUCCAACAUGGCAGCUCGGACCUGGUGGUUAUACUUUUGCCAUUAACACUAAUGGCUAUAUCAUAUUUCAUCCUCGUCUGAAGAUAAGUGAUGAAAUAGAAGACACCCCCAACCUGGAUUUUCUGGAUAUUGAAAUUGAAAAUGACAAGAAAAAACAGCUGAGAAAAAAAAUGAUUGAUGGAGAAAUGGAUGGACAAGAGGAAUUUUCUACAUUUGUGUCUUCACUAGAUGAUAACUACAUCCUAGAAGAAACAAGGAAAUAUUAUUACACACCUAUUGGAAAUACCACAUUCAGUCUUGGUCUUGUUCUUCCACAUUAUCAAAAAUACAUCAUGAAAAUAGAUGCAGAUUUCACUGAGGCUAAAGCCAAAGAAAUGAUCAGUAUGUUGAAGGAGCAGAAUACAGCUAAAUUACUAGCACCCUGGAAAUAUUACAAAUCCAGCAUGAUAACAGAGAACCAUAACUCCAGUCAGGUGGUGGAGGAUCUGAUUUCUGCCUUACAAAAUUAUUCACAAAAUCCAGGAGACUUUAACACGAAUGAGAUGAAACAGCUGUACGUGGAUAUGAACAUCUCUAAUGCCCACUUUCUGAUGAUCAAGGACUUGAUGAAAUUAGACUUCAUCAACCCAAGUGAUAACAGCUCUGAUGACUCACAAACAGCUGCAAACACUACAGCAUUAUUCUUGGCAACCUAUGGUGGUCUUACAACUGUUUAUCCUCAAAGUGAGUCCGCCCAGAUGGAGAAGUACAGAGAUCCGUGGACCUCGGCAUAUUUCAGACGAGCGCUUCAUUACGACCAGAAAUACAUGUUCCACGCCCCCUACACACUAGGUCCUCUGGACAAUGAGACCACUCCUACAGUGAUGGUGACACAUGCAGUGAUGAGUACUAAAGAACAGAAAAAGCCAUCAGCAGUGGUUGGUAUGGUUGUUACCCAUGACUACCUGGUUAACCUGAUGAACAUGAUGUCUGAAUCCAGUGGCUCUGUAUACAGCUGUAAGGACGAGGACAAUGUCAUAUGUUUCUUAGUGGACGACGGAGCCUUUACAGUAGCAGCCAGUCACCCGGACUACAAUGAACAGAUUGGUCGAUUUUUGGGUCAUGUUGAUGCUGGACUCAUGGCACAGUUAUAUGGAGAAGUAUAUCUGAGGAUUGAAGAAGUGGACUAUCAGGCUACAUGUAUAGACUGGGGAAAUCAGACCAGUGCUGCUCCUCUGGGAUUCAGAAUUCCCUCUGUUACUCUAUUAUUCGAGUUUCUGACCUUUAACUGGUGGAACAGUGUGUGGACAUGGGCUGUUGUGAAUUUGAAUGUUUACAGUUGGUUCAGUCCUCCACCCAUGACUGCUGCUUUUCAGAUGGAACCCAAGAAGUACAUUUGCAGCAAGAAAAGAGCUCAGUAUUAUUUUAAUCCCAAGUUCAAGGAAGAUGUGCAUGGAAUUAUCUACCCCUGUAAUGAAAACUGCACAAGAGACUACGUGGCCAGACUCGUGCCUAAGACCAAUCUCCUGUUUGUGGUCAUUAGUUCAGCCUGUCCUGAUUGUUAUGAAUCGGCCAAAUCCAAGGAUCUCAUACAGGAACCCGUGGAAAUGGAAAUAGCAGAUCAAGAUAUAUGCAACCAGACAGCAAGAUAUAGAAAAAACAAACAAACAAACUGUUAUGAUUUUGAUGAGAGGGAGACUAACCCGGGCUGUGGUGGUCCCCUGUCUACCCAGGUGUCCGUCCUACUGGUGAUGGUUGCCACUCUCCUGACCAUUACACUGGCCAGGUUGUCAUGAGAUACGGCCUGAUAGUAGAGACUCCCAAAGAUUACCCCGAGGUUAUAUAAGACGGAAUACUCCCCAUGUAACUUACUGCUUCUGAUUCCCAGAUAAAUUGUACUGGACAAGUACAGUUAUUCUGUCUGGGCUAUUUGUGUCAGAUAAGGAGAGUAGGGGCAAGAAUCGAAUUGACAUGAUUAUUCAUGGUUCCCUCUUUAUUACUGAAGUUUACAUCAAGUAUGGAUGUAGAAGUACAUUAAUCUUUUUGAAAAAUUAUCUCUGAUGCUGAAACGAGUGAUUUGUCUUUUUAUCUGAUGAAUGGUUGAACAAUUUUUCUGCUUUGAUUUGAGAUUUUGAGGAUGUAUUGUUAUACCAAAUGUUAAAAAUCUAGUUCCUACAAUUACUAUUGUGGACACAACUGUUCAAAAAUAGGGUACAGAUUAUUUAUGAUAGUUGCUUUUCAUCUUCUGUGAUGAGGAUAUCUUUAUUAUGUGCAUAAUAUUUCCUCAAUAUUUAUACCAUGACAAGCUUUAUGUGUCAGGAAAGUGAAUCUCUCUUUAAAUGUAUAUACAUUGUGCAAUAAUGUUCUUGUUUUACCUUUGUAUGUGAAGUAAUUUAUUACUUACCUCUGACAGUGACCAAAGAUUUAGGGGAAAAAAAACCUUUGCUAUACUUGUACUUCGCAUAAUUUGUGUGAUUUUGUGCCAAAUGUAACAAACUUAACCUGUUAUAAUGAAAUUGUAAAUAUGUUUUUGUACUUUUCUUAAAUCAUGUUGUUUCUAUUUUAUGCCAUAAUUUAUUCGUAUUCAGAUGUUUACGAUUAAUAUAGUGUUGAUCACCUACAUAAUUAAUUGACCUGUAAAAUUUUGUUAGCACAAAUGUUAUGUCCCAAUCAUAUCAUAAUUUGGUGUGAUCUUAGCUUACCUGAGCAAAAUGGAGCAACAUUGUUGCUUUAGGACCUGUAUUUAUUAUCUACGCAGCUCUUCGUGUCCUUCUAUCAAUGUUUGUUGUGUAUGUCAAUGUCAUUAUUCCAGAUAACAUUCCCAGCUUUAUCUACAAAACCUCCAGAGCUGGGCGCGAGUGCUGCCUGUUUAUUUUCAUCAAGUGAGCAAGGUGUAUUUUCAUUGAGGAAAUUUUUUCAAGGGGGUGUUCGAAGGGUGUUACCAGUGUUAAAAAUGCCAGUAUACAUGAAUGUAUAUGGUGUACAAUAUUCAUGUUGUGAAUGAUAAAUUCCCAUUGCUGCACAUUUAAGCCAUUAGUAAAGUAUGUUUAAAUGAUUUUUUUUUUCAUUUUUUACCCAAGAUUAGUCUGGAAAAAAAAUAUAUUGAACUUGAGGUUCGGGAAUUUUUCUUUUUUAUCAGUACAUAUUGUAUUUCAUGUAUUUACAUAUUUUGUCUGUUUUUACAUCAUUCAUUGUUUUAAUGUUUUCUGGUGGUUGUCUAUUACAUAUUUAUGAUAUUUCUGUAUACAGCAGAGUACCAUCCUUUCUCUUUAGAUGGUUGUUUAUGAAUCUCACCAUGUUUAUCUCUACCUUGACAUUUGUGAUCUUUUUUUUAAUUCAUUGUUGUUUUUGUCUGUGCACUUUUUGUGAGCAACUAGGGAUGUUUUAUAUUAGAUCUCAUUCUCACCAUAUUUCCUAUUAAAUUAUAAAGAAAG